AUGACCGACAAGUUCGUGACAGCCUAUGUCGGAGCUAAAAAGGCGGAGGCAAGAGUGAAUGAUAUAUUUGCCAUCAAACAAUCACCUGGAAAAGGACUAAGGGACUUUUUCGCUCGAUUCAACCGUGUAAGGAUGACCUUACCAAAUGUAUCAGAAGGCAUGACUGUAGAAACUUUCCAAAAUAGGUUAAACAAAAGUGGUUCGAGGGCGACUAGGAAGUUGCUGAGUCGGCUCGUGAAAUAUCCCCCAACCACUUGGGAUGAAAUAUACAAUUCUUAUUGCGCCAAAGUCCGUGCUAACGAAGACGACCUGAAUGGACCAACCCAACGGUUAACCUCAGUACAGGUCGAGCCUAGAAAAGAUCGAAGAAACGAUACAAGGGAUCUAGCAGUUCCACGACCCAACCGAGAAAGGCAUCAGCCAUAUACUAGAGGCGCCAUCAUGCCGCCCCCGUCUAAACCAAGGAUAGGGACUCACCGGAGCGAGAGGGGUAUGCCCCAUUUACUAUCUGCUCACAAUUUUUGUGUAUCACCUUCAGAAAUAGUCUACGCAUUGGAGAAUCUCGGCCCAAAAGUGAAGUGGCCACAGAAGAUGAGGUCCGACCCAAACACCAGAAAGUCGAACGCCUUCUGCGAAUUCCACCAGGAACGAGGUCAUAAAAUUGAGGAUUGCAUCGCCCUAAGGCAGAAGGUCGUGAACAUGCUUCACCAAGGGCACUUGAAAGAGUUGCUGAGCGACCUAGGAAGGUCCAACUUCUCCCGAGGACGUGAACAGCACCAGGGGCCGCCAAAACUACCUUCACGAACUCGCACCAUUCAAAUGAUCAUCGGGGGUGGCGAUGACGCAUCGAUCAACAGUUUAAAAUUCACCAUAACCCGAAAACGCAAACGGUCGAUCACUCAUGAACGGUACGAUGAACUCGAAGAAAGUAUCAUCUUCGAUAAGUCAGACACCCACGGUUUGGUUUUCCCUCACUAUGAUGUUCUUGUUAUCACGUUACGAAUAUUAGAUACAGAUGUGAGACGUAUUAUGGUGGACGAUGGGAGCGGCGCGUGCAUUAUCCACCCUCGAGUGCUUGCACAGAUGAAACUCGAGGAUAAGAUAGUGCAACACUGCAUCACACUAAUCGGUUUUAACAACGCAGUUGAACGAACAUCUAGAGAAAUCACACUCACCGUCCUGGCCGGCGGUGUCACUCUGGAAACCACAUUCCACAUCAUGGAUCAGGACACGGCGUAUAACACCAUAAUAGGUCGACCUUGGAUACACGCCAUGAAGGCCAUCCCCUCCAGCUUGUACCAGACAUGCCAGCGUGCUCAAGAAAGACAACGACCUCUUAUGGACAUCCGAGUGCGUUCAAUCCCUGAAGGAGUUAAAAGCCUAUCUAUCAUCGCCGUAGUUGUUUGCCAAAGCAGAACUUGGGGAACGUCUACUCGCCUACCUCGCCGUAUCCGAAGUAGCGGUGAGUGCAGUCCUGGCCUUGGCCUUGGUCAUAGCUUCACGAAAGCUUAG